UGGGUCUUUUCUGGACUAUGCUUUGGAGGCUGAUCCUGAUAUGAGCACAGCAGCAAUGGCUACAUCUUCAUUAAUCGGUGACUUUAAUGACACAGUCACUUGCAACACAACAGAAGCAAUGUGUAUCACUCCAACAGGGACAGGAACUGCAAUUAUGAUGGAAGACAUCACAGCUAGAAAGGCACAAGGUGAACCAGGACCAGAUCCAGUUGCUGAAGCAAUACAGCAAUUAAUAGCUGUACAGAGCCAGAUUCUCUUGGCUGAGAACAGAAGAGUAGAGAUUGAGGAGGAGAAGCUAAAGCUGCUCAGGGAAUUUGUACAUGUUUCUCCACUUAAUGGCCAAAAUGUAUCCCCCAUAAUAAAAUUCUUUUGA